UGGCCGUUCAAUAAAGAAAAUGCACAGCGCACAGCGAUAAACGCGCCCAGUAAAUCAGCUGAUCGCGUGCUUCCUUGUUCUCGUGUUAUACGAAGUAUUUUCUUAGACUCGCAUUAUUAAUUGAACGAAUAAAAAAGGCGGUGAGAAUGAGUGCGUCAACGAUCGAAAAUAGUGAAUAUUGUGACUAUCGCAGUCCCUUGGCAAUAAGAUACGCCUCGAAGGAAAUGCGUUAUAACUUCAGCGAUCAAUACAAGUUUAGCACAUGGCGGAAACUAUGGAUUUACUUAGCCAAGGCAGAGAUGGAGCUGGGCCUAGCUAUCACCCCGGAGCAAAUCGCGGAAAUGGAGGCUCACGUGAACGAUAUAGACUUCAAAGCUGCUGCAGAGGAAGAGAAAGCCACCAGACACGAUGUAAUGGCUCACGUUCACAUUUUUGGAAACCAAUGUCCAAAAGCUGCUCCAAUAAUCCAUUUAGGUGCAACUAGUUGCUACGUCGGUGACAACACGGAUUUAAUAAUUAUUCGUCAAGGUUUCGACAUUCUUCUGCCGAAAUUGGCGACCGUCUUGUCCCGUCUAGCGAAGUUCGCCAUGGAACAUCGGGAUUUACCGACUUUGGGAUUCACUCAUCUUCAACCAGCACAACUUACGACCGUUGGUAAACGAGCUACGCUGUGGCUUCAUGAUCUUCUGAUGGAUGAGAGAGCUCUUCGUCGAGCUAGAGACGAUUUGAAGUUUCGCGGAGUGAAAGGCACAACUGGCACUCAAGCUUCGUUCCUUCAAUUAUUUAAUGGUGAUGAUAAGAAAGUGAAGCAGUUAGAUCAACUGGUAACUAAAAUGGCUGGAUUCGAUAAACACUAUCUUGUAACAGGACAAACAUACAGCAGAAAAGUCGACGUAGAAUGCUUAAAUGCUCUAAGUUCUUUAGGUUCUACUGUCCACAAGAUCUGUAGUGAUAUUCGAUUACUGGCAAACAUGAAAGAAGUCGAGGAACCGUUCGAAAGCACUCAAAUUGGAUCAAGUGCAAUGCCGUACAAAAGGAACCCAAUGCGUUCAGAGAGGUGUUGUAGUAUAGCAAGACACUUGAUGACUUUGGCCAAUAACGCUCUACAAACGGCAGCCAGUCAAUGGAUGGAAAGAACGCUCGAUGAUUCUGCUAAUCGAAGAAUUACUUUGUCCGAGGCGUUCUUGUCAGCGGAUGUGAUCAUAAUGACUCUUCAAAAUAUUACGGAAGGCAUGAUCGUUUACCCCAAAGUUAUUGCCAGCCAUAUCGCACAAGAAUUGCCUUUCAUGACUGCGGAAAAUAUAAUAAUGGCUAUGGUAAAAGCAGGAGGCGAUAGACAAGUUUGCCACGAGAAAAUAAGAGUGCUGUCUCAGGAAGCUGGUGCACAGGUGAAGCAACACGGCAAAAACAACGAUCUAGUGGACAGGAUCAAGAAAGAUCCGUAUUUUGCCCCGAUCCUUAAUCAAUUGGAUAAUCUUUUGGAUCCGCGUACGUUCGUUGGUAGAGCACCUCAACAGGUCAUCGAAUUUUUAGAAGAAGAAGUCAAUCCUGUGCUCAAGAAUUACAAAGGGAUUUUAGGCGGAAAGGUGGAACUUAACAUUUGACCCAACAAAAAUAGGAUUUUUUAUUCUCUAAGGAAGGAAGGUUUCUAAAGAAGUUCGUGAUGUUUUAUAAAUAUUUUAUAAAAAAUUUCGUCAAAUGUUGUCUGUUAUUUUUACGUUUGUUAGUAUUGUAAAGUUUACAGAGAUUAGAACUGAAUAAAACAGAAGAAACGUAAAGUGCACUGUUUCGCAGCUACGCGCGCGUUUUUUCCACGUUCAAUGUUUUUCUCUCGUUAAGACAACCCGAUUUUUCUUCUGAGACUCGAAUGAAAAGUUAGAAACUUCUCGCCAACGUAACUGCUGUGAUAGCAAGUGAAGAUGGAAUAGACAAAUCAAAGAAAUACGAGGAAAUACAGACUUUUUAAAAGAAAUACUAAUUUUCAUAUUUACAUUUAGAUGGAAGAAAUAGGACAGAAUAAGAGAUAGAAAGAUAAAGUUGUGAAAACAGGUGAAGAGAAUAGGUACAGUAGAGUAUAAAAAGAAAGGCAGAAACAUAGAGACCGAUCGUUUAUUGUAAACAGAUAGUUGAAACAUAACGAAUAACAGUUGCUUAAUCACCGAUUCACUUUUCCAAUCUACAUUUAAGAAUCUUAAUAAAAUUAUUUCUUUCUCUUCAGAUAACAUAUCUGAAAUAAUACUAGAUGCAGGUGAUUAAAGUCGACUAAACAACUGUUAUACUUUACAAGAGAGGCUAAAAGUAGCUUUACCCUGAAACGGGACAUAAUUGACUGUUUUAAUCGCAAAAUAUAGGGCAAAAAGAUAUAGCAGAGUGGAAAGUACAACAUUGGUAACGUGUAUAUUACAUAGCUUGGAUUUCGCAUAAACGACUAUAGCACUUGAGAAUCACAGCAUUAGGAGAAUUACGCAUUGUUCUCUCGUAUAUAGCUUUUUUUACUUUAUGAUAGAUCCAGGUAACGAUAGGUGGGAAGACUAGACUAGAAGUGAGAGAAGACAAGAGGAAACGCGGUUUCCUGGUCGAAAGUGACACGGCCUGUGCACUUUCGCUUUUACGCGUUCAUUUUUCUUUUGUCAUGCUUUUGUAGGAUACUUAGAUUAUUCUUCCAACUUGUGAAAUUCAGCUAUGUGUAAGCUUAGGCGCGAAGUUCACUGUAGUUUCUCAGACAGAUAGAAUAGAGAGAAAUGUAGAUAAAAGUAAAUGAAAGAAGAGAGAAGUGGAAGAAAGGGAAAUCUUGAAAAAGUGAAAAUUUGA